GCAACAUAUGAAUCACACAUAUAAAUAGUAGUAUAACCAAUUAAACUCUCAUUCUUUUUUUCUUCCAUUUCCAUAGCACAAAAAUGAAAAUGCCUUCUCUUUUAGGUUCUAUUCAUCCACGCUCAUUCUUCUUUUGUUUCAUCCUUCUUCCAAUUUUGCUAUUGCUAUUAGUAGCACCUUCUUCUUCAUCAACUUCCUCUAAAAAUGAGAAGAAAGUAACCAUGUCAAUCUACUAUGAAAGUCUAUGCCCUUAUUCUGCUGAUUUCAUAGUGAACCAUCUUGUGAAGCUCUUUCAAACCAAUCUCAUUUCAAUUGUGAAUCUUAAAAUGGUCCCUUGGGGAAAUGCUAGGAUUGCAACUAAUGGCACUUUUGUUUGUCAGCAUGGAAAUGAUGAAUGCUUGCUAAACUCGAUCGAGGCCUGCACCAUUAAAGCAUAUGCAGACGUGGAACAUCAUUUCAGAUUUAUACACUGCUUGGAGAGUCUAACCAUAGAGGGUCGAUAUAAUGAAUGGUUUAAUUGCAUCCGAAUGACUGGGUUGGGCGCAUUGCCUAUAUUAAAUUGUUACAAAAGUCGCAAGGGAAUAUCUAUUGAACAAAAAUUUGCUAAGGAAACUGCUCAGCUUAAUCCUCCUCAUACAUUUGUUCCAUGGGUGGUUGUCAACAACCAUGCACUUCAAGAGGACUACCAAAAUUUUGUGACAUAUAUUUGCAAGGCAUACAAGGGAAGUUUGAAACCAGAUGCUUGUAGAUCAGUUUCAACAAGAACUUAUUAUGACUCGGAUGCAAAAUCCAACUCCUUUCAUCAUGGUUGCUAUGUAGAUGAAGCCAAAAAUAUGUCCAUACUUGCCACUAAUCACCAAAUUAAUUAAGGAGUAUACUACUUAAUCCUCAUGAAAAUGAAGCUGGAAUUAAUCUUUGUCUAAAGGUUCAAGUAAUUGGCAAGUGGCUAAUUAAUCUUUAGGAUCAUAUUUGCAUGACUAUAUAUUACCAUGGAAUUUGGAAGUGCAAAUGAUCUUAUAAUAAAACUUGUUUAUUUGUUUCCAUUUAAA